CACUGGACUUAGUGUACUAAAGACAAAGAGAAUAGAAGAGCGAUGAGAGCAACACAAGUCUUAAAUUUCCAAAGUACAGCCCUGUCUUCUUUAAGAAGACCUUGGCAAAAGUAUAAAAAUGGUCAAUUAUGGUAUGGUUUUAUCAAAUCUGGUUCCAAGAGACAUCCAAUAACCACCAAACAAGGUAACCACACUUUCUACAAAGGUACUGGUUCCACAGGUGUAGGGAGAUUAAAUAAUAAGGGUCAAUAUAUCAUGAAUUGGGAUAAAGUAAGAACAUACGUGGUACCAUCUGAUUUGAACUCUACUGAAUUGAAAGCUCUUGUUUCUCCAAACACUCCACAGAUUCGUCUCACCACAGAAGGCUAUAAAGAUGGAAUAAAAUCAGCAGAAUAUGCGUUUGAUAGUAUCAUCAAGUUUGUGGAAUAUGGUGAAGAAUAUGACCAACAAGACCUUGAGAAGCAGGAUUACGAAGAAAGAAUUGUAAGUCCAGAAAUCUUAGAGAAGGAGAGUGCUGAAAAAUUGGAAUUAAACACAAGCAAGGAAUAAGCCAAAUUAUGAGCUUUAUCCAAUGUUAUGAAUAGAAAGAUAUUUCUACUGUAAAUAGUCAAUAAUAUAGACAUGAUGCC